CAUCCGGGGUAGCGUCACAGCUCCCGCCCGUCUGGACCCUGGAAUGCACGCCAAGAAGCGGUGGGGCUGUUAGGCAACUUGAUGAUCUCAACGUCUGACCAAAGAAUCGUUCCGACACCUUUUUGCUCCUUACAACAACCAAUUUUUUCCUCCUUACCGGCAUGAUGAGCGAUAGCGACAGUGACGACUACCUGGUCGAGCAACCACAACUUGCCCCAGAUGACCCCAUGCGCGCAUACGUGCCGUUGUCGUUCGGCAAAACAAGCAAAGAAGCCAAUAUCGCAACCCAAAUAGAAAGGGCGAGGCGACAGGUAGAGACACCAGCAGCGCCAAAGAAAGGCGACCGCAAGAAGGAUGACGAUAGUGACAAUGACAGCGACGAUGAUGAUGACGACUCAGACGACGAUGACUCGGAAGACGAGAGCGAUCGAUUCCCUGUAUCCCACGAACUUGUACUCAAAACACACGAGCGCGCCGUGACGAGCGUAUCCUUGGACCCGGCCGGCGGACGACUUCUUACGGGCUCCCUCGACGGGACAGUCAAGCUUCAUGACUUUUCUGCCAUGACGCCAACAACACUACGGGCCUUUAGGAGCGUCGACCCGUGGGAGAGCAAGAAAUCAUCAGCCACCACCGACUCGCACCCGAUUCAACGCGCCGAGUUCUGCCCUACUUCGGGCAGCCACUUUCUCUGCGUAACAGCGCACCCCCAAGCUAAGAUCAUGUCGAGGGAUGGCGAUAUCUUGACAGAGUUUAUCAAGGGCGACAUGUAUUUACGCGACAUGAAAAACACAAAGGGUCACGUCGGAGAGAUCGCAACAGGCACAUGGCACCCCAGCGACCCCAACCUUUGCGUUACCGCUGGCUCGGAUAGCACCCUAAGAAUUUGGGACGUCAACAACAAGAGAAGCCAGAAGGAGGUGAUUGUUUUCAAGUCGAAAGCCGCGGGAUCGGCUGGACGGACGAGAAUGACAUCGGUGGUAUGGGGUGCCUCUGCCCAGGGGAGCAAUCCGGUUCUUGUGGCGGCCGCUCUGGAUGGUUCGCUGGUCAUGUACAGCGGCAACGGUCCCUUCACGCGACCAGCGGCAGAAAUUCGCGAAGCACAUAAGCCAGACACAUGGACAGGUGGUAUCGACAUUAGCGCAGAUGGAAGAAUGGUGGUCACAAGAGGAGGUGACGGCUUGAUCAAACUAUGGGACACGCGCAAGUUCAAGGAGCCUCUCGUCAAGGUCGAGCACCCGUCAACAUCGGAUCGCUUCCCCAUGACCAACAUCCGAUACUCUCCCGACUCGCGAUCGAUCAUCACCGGUUCCGCGUCUGGGCACCUCCACAUCCUCAACCCGGGCAACCUCAGACCCGAACACGUUACGCCCAUCACGCCCGGCAUCCCAAUCAUCGUCGUCGACUGGCACCCCAAGCUCAACCAGAUCAUCACCGGUUCCGCCAACGCCGAGACUCGCAUCCUCUUCAACCCCGAGAAGUCAUUCCGCGGUGCCGUCGAAGUCAUGUCCCGCGCGCCCAAGAAGCGGCACAUCGACGACGACCCCAACCUCACGAUGGACCAAAGCCUCGGCCUCUCCGCCGACUCCAUCAUCACUCCCGGCGCCGUGGUACAGAAACCAAAGGGGAAGCGCGGCGGCGGCAACGGCAGCGGAACCAGAGGCCCUCAGGUGCAGCAGAUCACGCCCUUUAUGCGCAGCCAGCCGGACGAGAAACACAUCUCGGAGAACAUCCCGCUCAGCAGGAUGUUGCACGAGGAUCCCCGAGAGGCGCUGCUCAAGUAUGCGGAGGUGGCUAAGAAGGAUCCCAUAUUUACCAAGUCUUACAAGGAGACGCAGCCGGUUACGCAGUAUGCGAAUGUUAGUGAGGGAGAGGAGGAUGGGGAGGGACCGGAUCGGAAGAGGGUUAAGAGGUGAUCUCUGGGCCAUAUGAUUAUCUUGUUUAUACGAAUGGGUAUGCAUUGAGGAUAGGAGAUAGACAGUGUUAUCUUUUUUAAAUUUUGAUACCAUGGUAAUGGGUUACAUGAACGAACUGUCGUGGUGCCAUGGGAUACCGCAGGAAUGUCCU